GAGAAAAAGGCGCGAAAGAAAUAGAAAAAAAUUGCGGAAAGGCUGGCUGCCUAUAGUGGAGGAGGAACGUGCAGGAUUUAAAGAUUAAAAGAUGACCCUGCUGGAAAGAGAGAACGUUAUAAAGGGAAAAACAUGGCAAGCUUUAGUAAAUCAUUUUGAAAAUUUGCACUCCGACAGCCUUAGAUCUUUAAAGUAUAAACUAAAAUAUUGUGAAGCACCCGAAGACUGUAAAAACAUUCCUUGGAGCAAGUUGCAGAAAGUCCGAUGUGGAAAGAAGCUGGCAGAUUUCUUCAUCAGACACUACACCAUAGAGAAGGCUGGAGGGUUCGCCGUUAAACUGCUGGCAGAUAUCAAUGAGAAGCAGAUGAGUAAAGAACUUGAAGCAGCUCUAAAGAAAGAAAACUGUAAUUCAUCAACAAUCGACCUAUACUGUUAUGAGAGUCUCUUUAAUUACAAAAGAGUCGGAAAUCGAAACAUAAAGUGUUGUGGUAGUCCUAGACGCAGGCUUGUAGGAGGUACCUUGGCUACUCAGCAGAUCACAGGCCAUAUAAGCAAUGCAGUUAUAGAAACUAAGACAACAAAUGUGAACUGCACUCAAGAGAUCAACGCUGGACCUGUCUUGCAAGAAACAUUUGACAGUACUGGACCUUCAACAGACUCUCCCAUCAUAUCAAAAGAGGAAACUGACGAUAUUCCAGUAGAUCACAAGUCACGAUCACCGAAAUUCAUAGAACAUAAGAACCAGCAACACAGAAACAAUGGGAAAUCAAUACCUGUUACUCACAAAGGCAAAAAUGGACCUGUAACAAAUCAUAUUAAAAAAUCGAAUGCCAAGCGUAUUCUCCGAAGGGGAAAGCCACUGCAAGACCUUGUACUGCCAGCACUGGAUAAGUGUAAACAUGCCCUUAUAAAAAAACACAGCAAUGGCAAGAUUCGUAUUUAUGUCAAACUUUUAUUCCAGCACUUUGUGCAGUUUGAGACAUAUGAAAUAUGGACCAAAAAAACGAAUUUCAAUGGAUAUGGAGGUAAAAAUGCCAUUCCAAAAAACCUGAGUCAUGCUAUACAAAAGGAGGUGCAAAAAGGUUUUCAGUGGGGGAAAAAAAACGAUGGAGAAAUAAGAAAAGAAAUUAAUCGUCUUUUGUCAAAUCCAAUAACCUCAGGCUGGGCUGAUCUGAUGUAGCUACCUGGCACUUGAAGGAGAUAUACUGUAAACUUUAGUGGGGAACAAUUUAGAAAAUUCUAAUUCAAUAUAAGCAUCUUCAUAUCAAUAUAAGAAACGUUCUAAAUAUAAUCAAUUAAAAACGAUGACCCAUUUCUAAAAUAAGUUUUUCUUCACUAGUUCCUUCUCAGUGUCUGUCUCUCUUCAUUGUCUCUUCAUGUUUUGCCGCAACCGCCCACAAAAGGGAAGUUGCGGCAGGAAGUCCUGCUAAUCUGGGAGCGAAAUGGGCUGGCGGGGCCCACAAGAGGCCCUGGGUAGUGAUGGGCGAAUUUAUUCGCCAGCGAUUCGCC